AUGGCGCAUGGAAACUAUUCCGAUAUUGAAUCAAAAUGUGGGAUUUGUUUGUCUCCGUACACAGAACCGCGGCUCUUGGACUGUUUCCACUCAUUUUGCACACCGUGUCUCGAAAAACUGGAUGUUCAUGAUAACUACUUGACUUGUCCGUUAUGUAGGACAAAUAUUUCUAUACCAGAAAAAGGGGUAAGUGGCUUAAAAUCUUAUCCUUUCAACGUUGAACCAUCUAACAGUGGCAAUGAAAUAACGGACAUAUGCGAAUUAUGUUCGGAAGAGAAUUUUGUGGUAGCUAAAUGUCUAGACUGUAGGAUAAACUUAUGCUUGAACUGUCGCGACUACCACAAAAAACUGAAAACGUCACUGAAUCACUCGAUUGAGAAUUUGAAGGAAGAUCGAUUGAACGAACACGAUAAAGAUUCAUUAAACGAAUGCGAGGAACAUAGAAAAGUGUUGACCGUAUUUUGUAAACCAUGUAAUUUAUUGUUGUGUAGCGAGUGUUCAGAAAAGGCACAUGGUUUACACGAUAUCCAGAACCUUACACUGCUGAUUGAGACUAGGAAGAAAACUCUUCUGGCUAGAACAGCAAGCUUGAAAUCGAGAAUAUCGGUUCUUGGAACAACUACAGAGUUAGUUAAACAAGAAGAAAAUAACUAUUACAAACACCUUAACAUAGUGAAAAAGGAUAUUAUAGCACAUACUUCAAGCAUGAAGGAAGUAUUUUGUAAUACCGUUGAUGUAUUGACGAACAAAAGUUUGACUACAAUAGAAAAUAUUAAAAAGAAAGAUGUUAAAGUAAUUGAUAUUUACUUGAAUGAGAUAGAAACAGAACAAUUGUCAUUGGCUGGUCUUAUCAAGACAUCGGAGGAUUUCAUUACCAGAUCUCCAGUGAAACAGUUCAUGGAGGAAUUUUUUACCGUCGGGAGUCAACUCGAUAGAGUCCUAAAUAAAACUGUGAAUCCUUUGACUUUGCAUAAGUUACAAUACAACUGUGAGCCAUUCACUGAAGCUACCGUUGAAAAAUUGCUUGGAAAGGUUAAUACUUCUUCGGAAGUAAAUGUUAUAACACCUGUAUAUACACCAUUGCCUAUUCCUGAACUGUUCUCGAAGGUAGAAAAUGUACACAACUUUCAGCUUGCACAAAACAUUAAAGAUAUUGUUUCCGCUAAUAACGACAAUAUGUGGAUAUUCUUUGAGAAUUCAGUUGGUCUAUAUAAUCGUGAUGGGACUAUGCGUUCUACGUAUGCGCCACCAAACGAAAGCAGCAGAAUGCUUAGAAAGUCACCAGAUGAAGUUUGGUUCUGGACUGGACAGUCUGCACAGAAGAGGGUUAACACGAAAUAUGAAGAAGGGUUUAAAGUUCCAUUUCAAAACGGAUUGGUUGGUUGUUUCGUGCAAAAUGGGAAUUUGCUUGUGUAUAAUCAAGAGGAAAAGGUGUUCUUUGAAGUAUCCGAACUAGAAGGUGUUCAAAACAAAUUUGAAAUCACGGAUCAACAAAAUAAACUGAAGAUCACCCACAUUUUUACAAGUACAGAUAUGAUGUCAGAAAAUAAAAAUUCAAAUCUUGUUAUGACAUUCCGCAAUAGUACAAUUGUAAUUAUCGAUAAGCAUGGAAUAAUUCUGGACACAUUUACACGAUCCAAUGCAAGAUUCCGAGGUUUAACUGUUGAUAAUUACGGACAUAUUUUAGUAGCGGACUGCAAAAAUUAUGUAAUUGAUAUUUUGUCAGAAAAUGGUGUUUUUCUGCGAAACUUGCCGUCUCAAAUAAUAAAUGGAAAUUUUAAGGAAGAUAAUCCUAUCGCUAUUGAUAAAUGUGGAUUUUUGUGGGUGUUUGACAAUAGACAAACUAUGAAAAUUUUUUCAUACCAUUAA